AUGUCAGAUAAACCGUUAUCUUCACAACCCAAAAGGGUUUUGGAAUUAUUGCUAAAACCUGGAAUGAAGGAGAAAUUGGAGGAGGACCGCAAAAAGUAUUUUAACUUAACCGUGUUGAAAAAGUGGGAGGAAUCUGAUGAGCCUUUCGAGGAAGACGAAGAAAUUUUAUAUAUUAAUAACCAGAAAAACGAAGCUUGUCAUAGCACUAAUCCUCAAUUAAUGGGUCAUAAUACUGAAGCAAAAUCAGCUGGAACUGGACGACAUAAUCUUACCAAUGGCCGAGAACGAAACACUGGAAAUACGUUUGAGUUUUAUCUCAACAAGGAUCAGAAGACCCAGAAGCUUAAAUUAUUGGAGCAACGCAUCGCUAAGUUUGAAGUUGAGAAUGCCAAGCUUAAGACUGAAAAAGCUGAAAUUAAGGCCAGGAAUGCUGAAUUUCUAAAGCAGGUUAUGGAGAAAAAUGCCAAGCGUGAUGUUAAGAAUACUGAACUCAAGUCUAAAGUUAGGAAACUCGAAGCUAGGCUUGCAAUAUUGAAACAGGAUAACCCAGUAUUAGCUGAUGAGUCUGUAGUAAACCAGCAAAAUAGUGUCAACAUCAAGGUAAUUGAGGAUAAGAAAAUAGAUGAUUAUCCUGAAAAACCUGCUAAUGUAUCUUACUCCAUUAUGACUCAGCUCAAGCGGUGUAAAUCUGAUCAUGAAGUCAAUGAUGUAAUGUUAGAAGUACUUGCCAGCUCUAUGUUAUCAGAAGAAAAAAAGUUAGACUUUUUCCUGGAUGAGGUAAAUAAGAAAAAGGUUAGCAAUGAGAUUAGAAAGAGGAAGCGGAAGAAGAAACUUCAAGAUGAUUUCCAAAAAGAACUGGACUCAGAGAUACUCAUAGCUUCUUUGGAUUCUGCCACUUCCUUGAAUGAAAAAAAUGGACAGGGUUAUUCUUCUAUAGCAAACGAGCAAGUGCUUAACAAUCAGAAAAUCACCUAUAAUCAGAAAGUAGAACAAGAUUUGAGAUACGAGUUAUCUGCUUAUAUGGAAUGCAAGGGACAAACUGAAGAGGUUGCUUUGCAAUCAGAUAAAGCAUUUAAUAUUGAGAUUUCUGAAUUCUCUUUAGAAAUGAUUCUAACAGGAUCUAGUGAAGUUAUAGCGCAAAAUAUAGUUGAUCUAUUUAAUUUAACAAAGCUUAUGAUUACGUAA